AUGGCAGCUAUGGCAGCCACGGCCACGGUGACUGCACACGGCAAGCCUCUGAGCCCGGUCAUCCCGUCAGAGGGUACGACCCUCGCAUCCCCGCGGUUUAGGUGGCACCUUGGCGUGUUGAUGUGCCAUGCACUGCGUGCCGAUCUGCUGGCUAUCUGGGUUGUGUCUCGCAGCAGCCGGCAUCGUCGGGUGGCAAGACAUUUCAUGAAGAGCGAUGGCCAGGACACAAAGGACACAAAGGAGGGCGAGCCAUAUUUUGCUCCCAACGGUGGCUUCGGCCUCCUGUUGGCCGCCAUGGUGGUGGGAGUGGUCUCCGCCUCCUUUCUGCUCUUCCUGGGCCUUCUUGGCGUUGUGAGCAACAUCCCCUUCUUGGCCGCUCUCGCUCCAGCUCCAGGCGUGGCCGCCAAGUUGGCGGAAUUAGCAAUUCCGCCAUACAUGGGGGUGGCGACCGCGGGGAUCGCGGCUUCCGGCGCUUUAUUUCUCAGUCGCAGGGAGGAGCUUGCUGACCGCUGGAAGCAAUGGGGCCUUCUGGCGCUCUUGAUCUUUUUGCUGCUGUGCGUUACGGGCAUCAAUGUUGUUGUCAGCUUUGUGUUCCGCUCUUUGGACAACGUGCUCGUUGCGAAGAACGAGUCCGCCUUCUACACGCAGUUGCAGCUCUUCAUCGUCGUCCUAGUGGUUGCUGUCCCCACGAUUGCUUUUUACCGGUUCGUGCGGAUGAGCCUGGCAAACGCGUGGCGUCAGAACUUGAGCGUCAUGAUCCUGGAUGAGUACUUUGCGCACCGAGCAUACUAUCUUUUGGACUCCAACUCAACGAGUACGAAGAUAGACAAUCCAGAUCAGCGAAUCUCAGAAGACAUAGAUGCCUUCACCAGCGAGACCCUUGGCUUCCUUCUUGACAUCCUCGGAUCGUUCUCCAACCUCCUAUCGUUUGCGGCCAUUCUCUGGACGACGUCGGAGCAGCUCACUUAUGCUCUCGUCGUGUAUGCCGCCCUUGGGACGGUGAUCGCGCUGUCUGUUGGCAGCACCCUCAUCGGAAUCAACUACAAGCAGUUGCAGUUGCAAGCAGAUUUCCGUUAUUCUCUAGUUCAUGUGCGCGACAAUGCCGAAGCCAUCGCCUUCUACCAGGGUGAGCAGAAAGAGAGUGAUGUUGUCAAGGACAAGCUGAGAGCGGCUGUGCAGAACUACGACAAGGUGAUCCAGUGGACUACAGGCUUGACCUUUUAUCAAAAGGUCUUCUUCUACGUCGCCCGUCUGGUGCCCUACUUCGUCGUGGGCGGCCUCUACUUUGCAGGCAAAGUGGACUUCGGCACUUUCGGGCAGGUGUCCUUCGCCUUCUCCAUGGUGCUCAGCUCGGUCACCAUCAUCGUGAACCGAAUUCAGGACAUCAGCCGAUUCUCCGCGGGCGUCAAUCGCUUGGGCAUGUUCUACGAAGCGAUUGCCUUGUCCCGCAAGGAGUUCUUUGAAGAAUCUUCGGGAGAUGCCAGGAUUGCGACCCACACUCACGACAGCGACAGCGAGCAGAUUGCACUGGAGAAGGUUACGAUUUGGACGCCAACUGGAACGCUUGUGAAGGACGUGAGCAUCAAUCUCAGCGUGCCAACUGGCGGAUCGAUGGAGCUGCCGAGCCGGCUCUUGGUCGUCGGCAGCAGCGGCGUUGGCAAGAGCAGCAUUCUCCGCGCCAUUGCUGGGCUUUGGACCCAAGGUCGAGGCAGCAUUCGCCGGCCCCAGAUGUCCGAGAUGUUCUUCCUCCCUCAGAAGCCGUACAUGCCCCUUGGAGAUUUGCGGUCUCAGCUACUGUAUCCGUCCGAGCCUGGCGCGACGGCAGUUGACGAUGAUGUUCUGAGGCAGGUGCUUGGCAGAUUCGGUCUUGGAGACCUGCCAAGCCGGUUUGAGCAGGGCUUCGAGACGGUGGUCGACUGGACUCGAGUGCUUUCACUCGGAGAGCAGCAGCGCCUGGCAGCAGCGCGCUGCCUCAUCGCGAAGCCGAGGAUGGUGGUCUUGGAUGAAGCAACCUCUGCACUGCCAGUUCCCGACGAGCGCAACCUCUACAAAUCUCUGGAAGACCGUGGCAUAGGAUACGUCUCAGUGGGUCACCGGCCCAGCCUGGUCGAAUACCACGACCUUAUUCUGGAGUACGAGGACCGAUUGAUGUCCGUUGAAAUCUCCCCGUGUAGGAGCCAUGUGGAACAACGGAGACUCGCUAGGUUUUGCAACUUGGUCGCAGAUUGCCGCGUAGUUGAUGUUUUCAGUCAGUGGGCCAAGAACAAGUUGAGUGGUGUGGGAGGCGAGCAUGUUCCAACCUCACAGCACAUAGCAGAAUACAAGUUUGUGAUCUACGACCCCAAGGAUAACAGUGCGACCUGGGAAGGUGGUGGCAAUCGCUUUUACGGCUUCGACGCGAGCGGAGAGAUCAUCACAAAGUCGGGACCAGCAGAGGGCCACACCCCCUUGUUUGGGGUGAUCGACGGCUACGGUCCUCGGUAUGCAAGCGGAAGGAGCCGGAAGACAAGCUUCUCUGCUGAUGAUGCUGACGCGUAUGCUGUGCCAAUUCCCAUUACACCCAAAGCAAAGACGAGCAACGCCUCCGGCAGCUUCCUGGAUGAGCUUCAUUUCGAUGCAGUUUGUGGCAUCACUGGGGUCGGAGACAUUGUUGUUGCAGUGGGUUCAUGCAUCGAGUUGGGAAACUGGGAAGUCGACAGAGGACUCAAACUGUGCACGUCGGGAGAGGUGUUCCCGCGUUGGAUGGGGAUGGUGCAUGUGAAGAGCUGUGAUGUUGGCACCAUCGAGUUCAAGUUGGCGAUCCACAGGGCAGGCGGCGCAAAGGACUGGGAGACAUCAGGCAACCGGCAAGUUCGCUUACCCCAGGGGGCGGAUGUGGGUCCAUGGCAGGCACUCUGUGAGUGGGGCAACAGCCACUGCCAAACACAACCGCUCAGGACCAGCGAUCGGGAGGCAUUGGCGGCGGCUGCAGCAGCGGCAGCUGCGGCCGAAGGCCAAGCCGGGUCGACCACGAAGAGACUUCCGGAAGGCAAGUAUGGCAAGGAGGAUGCAGACAUCAUCAAGGCCGCCAUGAUGCCUCCAAAAGCUUCUACCAGCGGUGCGGAGACAUCUGCAACCAGCGCAAGCAGCGCAACCAGCGCAAACAGCGCGAACAGCGCAACCACGGCAACCGAAGCUCCAGUGGCAGCUGCGCCCAUUCUCGGGCAGGCAACCGAGCACCUGCUGAAAAAGCAGCCCCACACUACCACGGCUGCUUUUGGUGAUGCCCCGCGGCGCAGUACGUCUUUGAGUUUGUUGAUGGACCAGCCGCUCCUGGCCGAACAGUGGGCGCGCCGGAAGGACUCCGGGCCUCCUCCAAAGGAGCAGCGCCUGAAUUUCAAGAUGAAGGGCUUGAGCGAAAGCGAUGCAAAGAAGCUGGUGGUGGAGGUUGUGUUCCAGGAGAAAAGCAACCGGCCACCCGCGACCCUCGAGCUCGCAAACUUCGAUGCAGAGGAGCAGCAAGCAGCUUGGUCCAUUGCGGUCCGUACUGCGGACCUGACUCCUGGCAUCCAUUUCUUCCACUUCCGGGUGAACCAGGUCUAUGUGGUCUCCACUGAGCACAUGCGGCUUGGUAGGUGGAAUGCGAUGCACGUGAGCGAUCCAGUUCGUCGCUACUUACUGGCCCGGGACAGCAAGGGUCAGCUUUCGGAGGACGCACCGAUCGUGGAGAAAACCCGCUCGAAGAAGAUUGGUGACAUGGCCAUGGAUUCCUGUGUGGUCUCCGGUUCCACAGCCGAUGUUGUGGGUCUCCAGGAACUCGGUGGUCAGAACAACAUCGCUCGCCCGUACAGUGUGUGUGGAAACCUGGUUGGCAAUGCUGAUUCAGAUGAUGAGGCGGCUGGCCAGGACAGCGGCAACUCCUUCAACCCUUUUGCAAAAGAAGUGUACGAAGGUCUGUUUGACCGGGAGCUCAUGCUCCGCUUGGAUGGGGUCGUCCUUCCAGAGGUUCCUCCGCCUCCAGAAGGAAAGGAUCAGCUGGAUGAAGGAGCCGCGCUUCGCUUGUGGGCUGGCGCUCACCUGAUCAAGAAGGCUCAUGGUGCCUGUGAGGACGCAUAUUUUGUUGAUCCGCAUGGCAUGGGUGUGGCUGAUGGAGUCGGCUGCAUGGUGCAAUUUGCCAGCUAUGGGAUCAAUGCUGCCCAAUAUGCAGCAGAGUUGAUGGAGUUCUCGUCUGCGGCUCUCAAGCCCGAAGGCACGGCAUCCGAGCUCAAGAUUCGUGACGAUGUUGCAGAGCGCGCUGCUGUGGCGUUGGCACACGGCGAGUCCCACGCGGCUGCUUACGGGGCCUCUACCGUUUCUGUGCUUUGCCAGCAAGGAAACCAGAUUGGGGUCGCAAAUCUUGGAGACUCUGGCUUCAUGCUGCUGCGCAAGGGCCCGCAUGGAAUGAAUGUCGUCAUGAAGUCGGAGGAACAGCAGCACAGCUGGAACUGCCCCUAUCAAUUGACCCGCCUUCCCAAGGCAUUGCUGAACCGAUUCCCGAAGUUGCAGCUGGACAAAGCUAGCGACUGUGAGCGUUACACAGUAGAAGUCAAGGAGGGUGACCUUGUCCUGAUGUUCUCCGAUGGACUGCGCGACAACCUCCACGAUCGGGAGGUCGUCAGCAUUGUUGAUCGAGCCUUGCCACCUGCACAGGCUGACAUGCUGGGGCUGCUCGAUCGCUGCACGCCUCCUGAGACCAUCGCAAAGGCGCUGGCUCUGGCUGCCCAGGAGCGGUCCAUGGACCCCACCGCCAAGGUGCCUUUCGUCGAGUACUCGAAGCGCCAUGGCUUCGAAUGCCUGGGCGGGAAGCAGGAUGAUAUCACGGUCGUAGCUGCCUGGGUCUGGCACUCAAGCUCACAAGAGCUGGUCUACAGCGCUUGCCUUUUUGCCUUUGUUUGUGGACAACUCGGAGGGCUGCAGAGAAAGUUUGGAGUGGUGUUUCCGGCAUGUGCAGGUCGUUGCUGA